CGACCGCGGGCUUCAGGCAGGGCUGCAGAUGCGAGGCCCAGCUGUACCUCGCGGGUCCAGGGUCGGGAGUCGGAGACGCAGGUGCAGGAGAGGGCGGGGCAAGUAGCGCAUUUUCUCUUUGCAUUCUCGAGAUCGCUUAGCCGCGCUUUAAAAAGGUUUGCAUCAGCUGUGAGUCCAUCUGACAAGCGAGGAAACUAAGGCUGAGAAGUGGGAGGCGUUGCCAUCUGCAGGCCCAGGCAACCUGCUACGGAAAGACCGGGGACCAAGACCUCUGGGUUGGCUUUCCUAGACCAGCUCGGGUCUUCGGGUGUCGCGAGGAAGGGCCCUGCUCCUUUCGUUCCCUGCACCCCUGGCCGCUGCAGGUGGCUCCCUGGAGGAGGAGCUCCCACGCGGAGGAGGAGCCAGGGCAGCUGGGAGCGGGGACACCAUCCUCCUGGAUAAGAGGCAGAGGCCGGGAGGAACCCCGUCAGCCGGGCGGGCAGGAAGCUCUGGGAGCAGCCUUAUGGAAGAGAAGCAGAUCCUGUGCGUGGGGCUAGUGGUGCUGGACGUCAUCAGCCUGGUGGACAAGUACCCUAAGGAGGACUCGGAGAUAAGGUGUUUGUCCCAGAGAUGGCAGCGCGGAGGCAACGCGUCCAACUCCUGCACCGUUCUCUCCCUGCUCGGAGCCCCCUGUGCCUUCAUGGGCUCAAUGGCUCCUGGCCAUGUUGCUGAUUUUGUCCUGGAUGACCUCCGCCGCUAUUCUGUGGACCUACGCUACACAGUCUUUCAGACCACAGGCUCCGUCCCCAUCGCCACGGUCAUCAUCAACGAGGCCAGUGGUAGCCGCACCAUCCUAUACUAUGACAGCUUCCUGGUGGCCGACUUCAGGCGGCGGGGCGUGGACGUGUCUCAGGUGGCCUGGCAGAGCAAGGGGGACACCCCCAGCUCCUGCUGCAUCAUCAACAACUCCAAUGGCAACCGUACCAUUGUGCUCCAUGACACGAGCCUGCCAGAUGUGUCUGCUACGGACUUUGAGAAGGUUGAUCUGACCCAGUUCAAGUGGAUCCACAUUGAGGGCCGGAACGCAUCGGAGCAGGUGAAGAUGCUGCAGCGGAUAGACGCACACAACACCAGGCAGCCUCCAGAGCAGAAGAUCCGGGUGUCCGUGGAGGUGGAGAAGCCACGAGAGGAGCUCUUCCAGCUGUUUGGCUACGGAGACGUGGUGUUUGUCAGCAAAGAUGUGGCCAAGCACUUGGGGUUCCAGUCAGCAGAGGAAGCCUUGAGGGGCUUGUAUGGUCGUGUGAGGAAAGGGGCUGUGCUUGUCUGUGCCUGGGCUGAGGAGGGUGCCGACGCCCUGGGCCCUGAUGGCAAAUUGCUCCACUCGGAUGCUUUCCCGCCACCCCGCGUGGUGGAUACACUGGGAGCUGGAGACACCUUCAAUGCCUCUGUCAUCUUCAGCCUCUCCCAGGGGAGGAGCAUGCAGGAAGCACUGAGAUUCGGGUGCCAGGUGGCCGGCAAGAAGUGUGGCCUGCAGGGCUUUGAUGGCAUCGUGUGAGAGCAGGUGCCGGCUCCCCACACACCAUGGAGACUACCAUUGCGGCUGCAUCGCCUUCUCCCCUCCAUCCAGCCUGGCGUCCAGGUUGCCCUGUUCAGGGGACAGAUGCAAGCUGUGGGGAGGACUCUGCCUGUGUCCUGUGUUCCCCACACGCCUCUCCCUGCAGAGCCUCAGAGCAAAUAAAUCUUCCUCAGAGCCA